AUGACUCGGGACCGGAGCGCGGUAAAAGCUCGCUCGGGCCCCACCCGAACACCCGAGCAGGCGUCUGCUCUGUGUCGCUCCUCCAAGGCUCUGUGUCGCUUCGCCCAGCAGAUCCAAGUGAUCCAGCGACAGAUUUCACAGCAAUUCUACCAGAUGUGGGUCGUACCCCUGGAGGGUGUGCUGGACAUGACGACGCUGAAGACGCACGAAGAGCUGCAGCAAGAUGGCAUUUUGGUGCCCUUCAAUCCGAAGGAUGGCAGCGCCAUCUUCGUGUCCCACCAGUGGGCCGGCGUUGAGCAUCCGGACCCCCACUUCGAGCAGUUCAAGGUGCUGCAGGAGUCCUUGAAGAAUGUCUUGUGCGGAGCUUCGACGUUCCAUUCGAACCUCAGUAUGGAGCUUUACAUGAUGCCAUCCGAGCCGAUCUCCGCCAAGGAUCUGCUUGCGAGGCCGCUUUUCAUUUGGUAUGACUACUUCUCUUGCCCACAAUGCACUUCUUCUUCCAAUGAUCGGGACCUGGCCAUCAACAGCAUCCCUGCUUUCAUCGAGCAGUGUAGCUUCUUUGUGAUUUUGUGCCCGAACAUCCGCCACAUCGAGAAGGAGGAGUUGUUGAACAAGAGCACCUGGAAAAAGCGGGGAUGGUGCCGACUAGAACGUGCUUGCUGGGAAGUGAGCACACAUGACUCUUCGCGCACGUUGCAGAUCUCAAGUGCGACCUCCCUCUCGGUGGGUGCCACCUUUGAUUGGGUCCAAGCACCGGUAGGGGAAGGGGAGUUUACCGUGGAGUCGGACCGCCAGAGGAUCAGUCAAGUUCUCUCAGGCCUCGUGAACCACAAGCUCCAUAUCCAUCUGGAGAGGGGCGACCUGCACCAGUACCGGCUGCUGCUGAACCUGCAGCGGGUGCAGUUUCGGCACCUGGCGGAGCCGAACCGUUCCUUCUUGCCGGACUUUGCGAAGGAAGAGGAGGCGGACGACGACCUUUGCGGCGUGGCCAACUUUUUGUAUCAGAACGGCUUCCGAUGCAUCACCGAGCGGUCGGACGCCGGCUGGACGCCGAUCUGCUUCGCGGCGUUGGAUGGCGAGCCCAGACUCAUGCUGAAGCUCAUCGAAAGCCACGCCGACGUGAACGCGAGCCUCACCAAGCCGGAGCCGCUCCUGGGCUUUGGAGUUGGCACCUGUUGCCUCAGCAUCGCUGCCUACGUGAAGAACAAUGAAGCGCUUCAGCUUCUCAUCAGCCAUCGAGCUGACUUGAACCACGUGGACAGUUUCUCCGCCACGGUGGCCCACUGGGCGGCGGUCGGCGGCAACACGGAAGGCCUGCGGAUCUUGAGGGAUGCUGGCGCCUCCUUCGAGGGUGCCAACGUCUUGGGCUACUCGCCCUUCCGUAUGGCGUGCUCUGGUGGGCACGUGGAAGCGAUGAAGAUGCUGUUAGCGCAUACGCCAUUGUUGGAGGUGGAUUUGGGUGUACACACGGCCAUCCUUCAUGAAGGUGGCUAUGCCGAGGUUCUCGCUGUGCUUUUAGAGGAGAACGUGGAUGUGGAUCACCAGCUCUCCACCUCAAUCUUCACUGGACUGGGCGCCUUGCUUGCAGGAUACAGCUUGAUUCAUCGUUACAAGGAGACGACUUUGAGCACCUAUGCUUAUCAUCACCAACAGGCCACGCCGCUGAUGUGUAGCCUUUUGACCGGGGCUUAUGAGGCCACCGCCAUGCUGAUGGCUGCAGGCGCCCGCACGGAGCUGCGGAAUGGGAGGGGCAAGUCGGCGCUGGACCUGGCGCUGGAGACGGGGGCGCCGGGCUUCAUCUUGUGCGCCCUCCGAGGGGAUUGCGAUGCCUGUGAACGGCUGCUGAGUGGGUACAUAGAAGUGGCUGCAAGACAUGUUCUGUCUACUGAGAGGGUCUGA